UACAUCCAAUACGCGCAGUGAAUGCAUAGCGUAGUGGAAAGGUGGUGGUGGUGGUGUUAGAUUUCUAUGGUUAGUGGUCCGUGACACCCUCCGCGGGAGCGAUGGUUAUACGUAAAUCAAAGCGAUUUUUCGUAUUAAGUUAUUAAGCAAUAAUCGUACCGAAGUCCGGCAAAUGCGUAUUGCGGCGAGUCGCAUAGAACUCCAACAGUCGUCACGUCAACAUGGCGCGUCUCGAGACUGUGCAAUUUUUGGCUGUCAUCGUGAUCAUCGUACAACAUUUGACACAUUUGGUCGACUGUGAAGACAAAAGGAUCGUAAUUGUCAUGCCCCGGCGGAUCAAGACAAUACAUCACCACCAUCACCACGUGGUGCUGAUGGAUCCAAAAACGAAAACUAUGACGCACACAAAACCCUACUCGGAUAAAUUAUCGUCGUCGUCUGUCUCGUCCUCGUCGGCCGAGGUAGACUAUCAGCAGCAACGAGAUCGGCAUCGUCAAUAUCAACGCCAACGGCAACUGCAACAGCAGCAGCAGCAGCAAUCUGAGACAGCCGAAAGUCAUCCACAGUCGUACUUAGAUCAGCGGACGACCAUUAGAACCAGUGAUUCACACACGGCGUAUCCAGUCUCACAAUUGCAGCCGUUACAGACGUACUACUCUUGGCCGGGCAGGCAGAAGAGGUCCAAAGUCAUAGCUAGACUGGUGCACACCCGUGAUUGAACCCACUAUCGUUUUUUUUUUCUUAAUUUUUUAUUUAUUUUCCACUUUUGUCGUCCAUUUUUUUCUCUGCUAUAAUAUUCCUGUACCUCUAUAGGUAAGACAAGGCUGGCGUUUUCAUCAAUUUAUACGAAUAUUAUAAUGUUUUGAUUAUAUUUAUAUAAUUAUUUUAUAUAGAUUAUAUUUAUAUUUUUAUAUUUUUAUAUUUUAACAAUUUCGUACUCAAUACUCGAUAACGAUAAGUAAUGAUAUUCAUUUUUAAAUAGUUUCUUCGGAAACCCUGUAAUGUUUUUAUACAACAUUAUUUUUUUUAAAACACGGCAACCAAUAAUCCACUGAUUAUUUUACUUGACGUGCAUUUAGUACGAAGAUCGAUUUCUAACUGUCAAAUAUCUGCAAUAGACUGAGUAUGCUCAAUAGAAACAUUUUUAAUUAUUCUCAACAUCUCAACUACCACCAUUUUGUUUUUUUAAUAAUAAAUUCAUAGAAAACAUAAAAUUUGACAAAAAAUAAGGUUUGUAUCAUACUGUUUUUAUGCGAAUAAGUGAUAGGUACCAUUGCAUAUAUUAAUACUUGGCACCUAUAGAUAUACAAAUAUAUUAUUAUGCUGUAGUAGUAAUAAUAUAAGUAUGUACUAUAAUAUUAUAUAGCUAAUAUAGAUAACAAUAUUGUUUUUUUCAUUUAAUUUUAAUUCUCCGUGUACAUCAUUUAUUAAAUCUAUUAAUUUUUAUUAGCGGAUAAAUAUUUAAGCAAUGUACAUUUAAUAAUUACCAUGUAGUAUUUUAUUGUGCUAACUAAUCAUACACGGUACACUUAAUAGUUAAAAUAUAAAUAGAUAAUAAGAAAUUAUUUUAAAAAUAUGUUAAUAAUAGGUAAUUAAUUAUACGAUGUUUAUGAUUGUUGUUUUUUUUAUUUUAAAGUUUAGCUACGUCAUUUCAGAUGAAAAGUUUAGUGUAGCUUGCUAUAAAUCUACAAGAGAAGAAAAAUCACAGAUAAAAUUAAAAAUUAUAUUUAUUAAAUAUAAAACAUUUAUUUAAAAGUAAAUUAAAAUAAUAUUUAUGGU